GCCGCGAUGGCGGUGGAUUUGACUCCGCGGUUUAGAAGGCUGAACAGUCAAACAUGUUUCAGAGAAAAUAAGCAGCUGCCAGGUUUCUCUGGGCCCUUCAGAGCCACUCAACUAUGGCAGAACAUCAUUGAAGCUCUGAGGACUCAAGUGGAGCUUCGUCCCCGAAGACAACAUCUGCGCGUCCACCAUGACUGCUUCACAGGCACUGAUGCGGUGGACGUGGUUUUGAGCCACCUCAUGCAGAACAUCUACUUCUGCUCCAGCGAAGUGUCACGUCUCAAAGCUGCCCGGCUCUGCCAGGCCCUUAUGGAGUCUAGAGUGUUCGAACCCAUUGGGAUGAAACUCUUCAGACGAGAGAAAGAAAUGAGCUUUGAGGACUCCAGCUGUAGUCUCUACCGGUUUCUCGAUGGAUCAGCCAGGAAGAGUUACAGUGGCGGUGAGAAUCAGUCUCCAGACAAACAGAUGGGAAAGAGGAAGACCAGUUUGAGGUUUAGAGAAAUGCAGACCAUAUCCAACCCUUUGGUUCUUGGAUCGUCAGAUAGAAGAGUGGAGAGACUACUGAAGAAUAUAAACCUUCAUCCAUCUAUUCCAUCUGAUCUACAUCGGGCAGCAGUUUCCAACAGUUUCCUGUCAAAAAAAGUGAUGCGUGAUGUUUGGAGGCAGCAGACAUUACUUCAGCUGCUACAGGUGGUUGAGAUCUCCAUGCUGGACUGUAUUCUCACCUCACCUGCCAAACCAGAACCCCUGCGUUCAUCUCUGCGCAACCACUGUGACCUGGUCUUUUCCAACACCUGUGUGGAUCGUGAGGUCUCCGAGAGUCUCAACCUGCCUGAGUUGGACUCUUGGCUGAUGGCAGCAGUGGAUUGUCUUGAGCUGUUCCCAGAUCAGUUAAUCGUGUUUGCCAGUGAGCAACUCGUGCAGAGGAAUAAAACAGUCGGGGAGGAGAUGUUUGGAGUGCACAAGAAACUGCUGUUUGACACCAUCGCCAAAUAUUACAACAGCCCUGAAAGACCCCCGCUGCUGUCAGGACGUUACAUUGACAUUCACACUGGAAUCAUUCAACUUUUGGAUAGUGGAAGAGGUGAAGAUGCCCUGAGAGCAGCUCAGCUUAGUCUGCAGCUCUUGGAGUCCACCAGCAGAGACGAGUUACGCAGACUGUUGGGUUUUAUGGCAGCCGCUGCUAAUAAUGAAGCUUUUAGACUGCACAAGCAGAUUGAAAACCGGGCUUUGGUUAGCAAGACAUUUGUAAAAGCUGUCAUCCAGAGUAAAGAAAUGACUCGUGGCCAGUGUGAGCAACUACUGCUGUUCCUCACGGAUAAUCACACACAGCUCUUUAAGACACCGCUAUCAUUGAUUGAGGCUGUGAGGAAAACACUUCAAACUCUGCAGCAAGGAACAGAUCUAGAUAAAGUAGCACUGUUUACAUUCUGCCAGCAGGUGUCGCAACAGGAGUAUGAGGAUAACAAAGACAAGGCCACUGUUGACAGUUUAAAGCAGUUAAUUCACCAUAUCGCUCAGAGUGACCGUCUCUCCGCCAAACAGAAGAGACGACUGGCCAAACAGUUCCAGAAACAUCACCCAGGCAUUUUCCUCCAACACUUCUAUACUACAUUCUAGAAACACCUGCAUAGAUUGUUAGUUUUCGAUUUAUCUGGGUAGAGUUUUUUGGGUGGGGGAGGAGAUAUUAGGUCUUUGGUCAAUAAUUAACAACAUGAAACUGCAGGGUUAUGGCAUGCCGUUUUAACAUUUAAUGUAUGAAAUGCACUGAUAUAGAGUGGAGGAAGUAUGACGUCAUCUUCUAGGCCAAUCGCUGCUAGCAUAAAACAUAUAAAAUGAUAAAAUCUCUAUAGCAUUUUCUCAUAUACUUUUUGAAAAUUGCAAAUAGUAAGCUGUGUGUUCAAACACAGUUGACUACACCUACAUGUUUAGUCCAACCGGAUAAUCCUCACACGAAAAAUCAACUUUUAGCACUUUUGGAUCAUAACCUAUAAGAAUCCGGACCAAUUUCUCCUUAUAGGAAAACUAUAAGGCAUAUAAUACAGACCAACAUUAUACAUUUUAAGGAAGAGGGUAAAUAUAUAAAUGUUAAAUUAGAUAAAGGUUAAAUGUAUUCAGAUGAAGGGAAAAAAAAGAUGAAAAAUCAAUUGAUCACGUUACAAUGACAGUUAAUAUUUAUGUAUUUUUACAAAUUUAUUCACACAUUUACAUUACUUGGAAAGAUACAGGCUGCACUGGUAAGCAGUGUAUUCAUAAAAUCAUUUAGUUAAAAUAAAUGAUCAACAAAUUAACCUGUCUUGACAGUCAACAAACAAAAUAAAUUCCCAAUUAGAAAAAAUACUACAUACUAUAAAAUACUAUUUAUAAAAAUAACAGACAAAUCCAAAUGUCCAACCCAAGCCAGUUCAGCCUGAGGAUGUAUAAUGUUUCCGACAUUACCUGUAGUCCCAUUUAGCAACUUGAUUGCAACCGUCUUUUUAAAUAAGCAAAACCGAUUAAAACAUUUAAGAAUGGAAUGUAACUGAUGUGUUUUAUGUUGUAAAAUAAAACAUAAAAGUAUCUUGAGUUUGCGGUGGUCAAGAACCUUAUUUAAGAGAUUUAAUGGAAAUCCCAUUCAAAAUACCAAUUGUCUUUGGGAUCUGGGUUUUUGCAUACAAAUUGAUGUCUUAGUUCCUACACUCAAUUUCUUUCCAUGAUACUAGUACUUAUUUAUUACUUGAUGCUAUUUCCUUUUUAAAACAGGGUGUACAUGGGGUCUUAAAAAGUUUUAUAAUGUCCAAUUUCAAAUCCAUUUCAAA